AUGCAAAGCAGUGAAGCUCGAUUCGAUGCGGACGGAGAUGCUGUGAUGCAAAACGUUCAGCAACCCGUGUUCGGGUUUGUUCAAGCACCCAGAUUGACAGACUGGAGUCAGGACGCAGUUGUCAGCUGGAAGAAGAGGUGGGAACAAUACGUGAGUAUUGUUCGCCAGCGUUGCACUGAGAGUGGGGAAAGACUGGAAGUUGCUUUGCGUCCGGUCAAGACUUGUGUUGACCCGGAACUGCUCGAAGUACUCUGCCUUUACGAACUCCGGAAGGCUGUCGACGAGGUGACGAGUAAAGAAUUGGUCACCCUGAUCGACGCUAAACUCGGGUCUGUUAAGAACGCCCAAGAUGACAUUGACGCCCGAGUACUCAAAUACUACAAGGACUUCGCUACGCUCAUUAAGGAGAAUGGUCUUACGACGAUCCUUGGUGUGGCCGACGGUGGGUACGUUGACCGAAUGAAACUACGGUGCACUGUUCUCAUCGAUAACUUGGAGCCGAAGAUGCUUCGAGACGACGUGCGUCGCCACGUAAAGUACGAUUGUCGUGAAGCGAGGCGCAACGACUUCACGCUUUUUGGGAUUAUUAAGGAGAAAGCCCGUCAAGUCGAACUUGUCCAAGAAGGAUAA